AUGCACUAUUUUCUUUCUUUUUUUUCUUGGUCUACCGGACAUAUAGCCGGCUAUUUUCUUGUCAUAACAGUUCUUCAUAUCUAUCUAUCUAUCUAUCUAUCUAUCUAUCUAUCUAUCUAUCUAUCUAUCUAUCUAUCUAACCCAAUCUGUUCAUCAUCUAUCUAUCUAUCUAUCUAUCUAUCUAUCUAUCUAUCUAUCUAUCUAUCGCAGUCUGUUCAUAAUCUAUGUAUAUAUAUAUAUUUAUCUAUGUAUCUAUCUACCUAUCUCCAAUUCUAUUCAUAUCUAUCUAUCUAUCUAUCUAUCUAUCUAUCUAUCUAUCUAUCUAUCUAUCUAUCUCAGUCUGUUCAUAAUGCAUGCAUGUAUGUAUGUAUGCAUGUAUGUAUGUACCUCUCUAUCUAUCUACAUUCUCUCUCUCUCCCUCUCUCUCUCUCCUCUCUCUCUCUCUCUCUCUCUCUCUCUAUAUAUAUAUAUAUAUAUAUAUAUAUAUAUAUAUAUCUACUGAUACUUAUAAAAAUUGAUUCAUAUCUAUCUCAUUUAAUUCAUAUCUAUCUAUCUAUCUAUCUAUCUAUCUAUCUAUCUAUCUUUCUAACCCAAUCUGUUCACAUCUAUCUAUCUAUCUAUCUAUCUAUCUAUCUAUCUAUCUAUCGCAGUCUGUUCAUAAUCUAUGUAUAUAUAUAUAUUGAUCUAUGUAUCUAUCCACCUAUCUCCAAUUCUAUUCAUAUCUAUCUAUCUAUCUAUCUAUCUAUCUAUCUAUCUAUCUAUCUAUCUAUCUAUCUCAAAUUUUUCAUUUCUCGUUCUUCUACACUUUUCCUCUCAAUUUUCUUUGCGUUUGUUAUUCUUUCUUUUUCUGUACUCUCUUUUGUAUUGUCUCUUCUGCUCUUUUCCUCGCUUCUUAGAUGUUCAUUCGUUUUUUUUUUUCAUACUUUUAUUUCUACUUUUAUAUUUUCCAUUCUUCACCUCGUCUUUCAUCACAGUACAUCUUCGUUUAAUCUUCAUUUUUCUUCCUCUUCUUCUUCUUCAUUAAUACCUUCUUCUUAUUCUUUUAUACAUUAUUCUUCUUUUAUAACUUUUCUUCUUCAUCAUCUUCUUCUUCUUCCUUUUACUUUUCUGGGUUAUUUUCUUCAUUUUCUUUUUUCUUUUCUUUCUAUUCUACAAUUGCGGCUUUAA